UGUUUUAAAAGACCUUUUAACUCAUCUAUUAAACCUCUUAUCCCAAUACCUAAAAGUACUACAAAAGCAAUGGAUAAGGAUCAAUUGAAAGUUUUUAUCGACUUUAUUACUAAAGGAUUUAAGAAUGUCGCUAAGGAAUUGAAAAGCUCUUCAUCUGGAGGAAGUACAGGACAUGGAUCUACACCUAAGGAAAGUAAUAUCAUUCCUGUCAAACCCUUCUUUGGAAAUGAUGAUGAAGAUCUAGGCGAUUGGAUCAGAAGCUUUGAAAUCGCUGCUGAAGCAAAUAAUUUGACUAAUGAUCGAAAAUUAAAGAUUGUCCCUGGAUAUUUGCAAGGGCUUGCUGCAUAUUGGUUUGAAGAAAAUACAGAUAACAUAACUCGAUGGAAUGCAACUGGAUAUGCUAAUUCCAGUUUUGUACCAUGCUUUUUAAAGAAAUUCUCUACCGAAGAAAAGCAAAAUAUGUGGCAUCAUCAACUCAAUGAAUUAC